AACGGUACUAAAACGCGGGAUCGAACGAACCGGAGAUUGGUUUGCAAAAGUUCCAUUGACUUUUAAAAGAGAAAAAUUAGUGAGAAUUAGUGAAAAUGGUGGCGUUAGUGUUUUGUCUUUUGAAACACUCAAUAGCGUUGCUGCUUCUAAGCAUGUGUCUUGCUAUGCUGGUCCGGGACUCGAACGCGAGACCCCCCGGAAAGUCGGAGCCGGCGACUGGCAUCUUCUCCGAGUCCGCUCAGUGUAAAACAGACGACGAGCUAGUGGACUUAUGCCAGCGCUGCGCCAAGCUAACAAAAGGGAAGGACGCCUACAAGACUUGCUGCUCGGCAGACUUGAACGCCAGGAAGUGGUGUUAUGACUACGUCUACUUCGGAAGGGAAUGAAGAAGUGCCGAAAGAGGAACCAUGACUAAUUGUGGCUGGAGAAAUUACAACAAAAGAAAAAAAAUUAGUAGGUAAUACAAAAGACAACAUAAAAGACUUAGUGUACAGCCUCAGUGCGAGCGGCCAGCGGUGAGUGUAACGUUUCGUCGAGCGUCAAGACAUGGCGUCAUUCAUAGCUAUGAAUGAAUCAGCUGUUCAACGUAUUGUAAAGUGUCGCGGGUCCACUAAGGCCAGAGCACACCGGCUGCGUGUGCGUACGCUAAAAUGUUAGAGCCGUGCACGCACACGUCACGCUUGCGGUGUACCGCUUCUCAUAAGGAUCUGUAUAUUACAACGCGCACGUGCACGUCUGCGCACAUGCAUCGUGCACAGACCUUUAACGACAAUGUAUAUCAAGUUUAAAUUAUACCGAAAAAUAGAACUAAAAUUAAAUUAAUUUGGAGGAAUUUAUUUUUGACGCAUUACAAAAAAAAUUACGUAAGACUCAGACCAAUCAAAUUAUACUCGUAUUGAACGGGCCACUUAUGGAUUCGGUCGAAAAUUCAAUCAUCUCGCAACUUCACUUGAAGAUCAUCAUUAUGUAAUGAAAUAUGCCGAGCAAUUUUCGACUUGACCAACGAGAGUGAUCCGACUUAAUAUGUACAUAUAUUUAAGACAUUUUGGGUCAUUCUCUGAGAAUAUGUGUUCGGUGGCGUCUAAAUGCCACUCUUUAAUUAAAUCUAUGACCUUUUGUAUGGGUCGCGGCAAUUAGACCGCAUUUUUUGAGAAUGAUCCAUUUUUGUUAUGCUAAAACGUCGGAUUUAUGUAAAUAUAUGAUGACUCACGUUAAACCGGGCCGUGUCGGUGGA